UACGUUGUUGUAUGUGUGAACACUACAUAUUUCUUUUGUCAUCCCCGUUGGCAAAAAUUUGUAAAAAUGACAACAGCAACAUAAAAUAAUAAUUAAUAACAAUAAUAACAAUAGUUGAGUACAAGUUAAUUGAAUUGUAAUAUUUAUAUUUAUUUUCAAUUAAAUAUACCUACCGUCUUGAUAAAUUUAUCCAGAGGUUAAUAAUUAAUAUACAACAACUACAUCAAAUAUCAAUCACCGGUGAUUAAAUUCAAGAAUCAAAGUCAAGGUGAUAAAUAUUUUAUAAAUUAUUUUUAUUAUACAUUAAAUAAUAAUAAUAAAAACAAUGGAAGAUCUUAUAACCCAAUUUAUGGAAGUUACUGGGGUUGAUCGUGAAAGAGCUGAAUUUUACAUUGCUUUGUCAGCUAAUCAGCUUGAGGUUGCACUUGCAACAUUUUAUGAAGCAAGUGACAAUGGACCUGGUGAGUUAGAUUUGGAAUCUGUUGUUGAGCAAAUUGAUACUCAAGACGCUGAAGAAUCUCUAGAUCAGCCAGAGACAACACCUGAUAAUACAGAACGUAAAACAUCAUCAUCAUCAUCAGCAGCAGCAGCAGCAACAGCAACAACAACUGGUGAAGCAUCAAGUGAAACAUUAAGCUUUAAAAUGGAUACAACAACAUCAAAAUCAAAAAAUAAAAUAAAAACAAAUUCAAGAAUAACAACACUGAGCUCACUUCAGAAUAAAGAUGAUAGUUCAGAUGAUGAAGGACAACAAGCAUUUUAUGCUGGUGGAUCAGUACACAGUGGUCAACAAGUACUUGGUCCAAAUAAAAAGAAAAAAAAUGACAUUGUCAAUGAUAUGUUUAAAAAAUGCCAAGAACAAUCUGUUCCUCCAUCUGAAAGAUCAUCUUCAUCAUCGUCAUCAUCAUCGUCAUCAUCAAAUACUCAUAAUCAUAAUCAUCAUCAUCAUCAUCAUGGCUCAUCACAAAGACCCAGUACAUUCAGUGGUACUGGCUAUAAAUUAGGACAAACAACUGAAGAUACUGAAGUUAUACCUUCAGCAUCAGGUAAUGCUGAAAAUUCAUCAAAUAGUGGAUUAAUUGUAUUGAAAUUAUGGCGUGAUGGUUUUACUGUUAAUGAUCGUGAAUUAAGAUCUUAUACUGAUCCAGAAAAUCAUGAAUUUUUGGCUGCAAUAAAACGUGGUGAAAUACCAAUGGAAAUACGUCAAGAAGUUCAAGGUGUUGAAGCACGUUUAGAUAUGGAAGAUCAUCGUCAUGAAGAAUAUGUACCAGCAAAACCAAAAGUCAUGGCAUUUGCUGGUAAAGGACACAAACUUGGAAGUCCAUCACCAGCUACUGUUGGUAUGACUGUACCAUCAAAUCCAGCUGAUCAAACAGCAAAUGAAACAUUGGCACGUAGUCAAUUAAAUUUGUCAAAUGAUACACCAGUAACAACAAUUCAAAUAAGACUUGCUGAUGGUCAAAAUAUACGUGAACAAUUUAAUUUGAGUCAUACUAUUGGUGAUAUCAGAAGAUUCAUUGUGACAAUGAGACCACAAUAUGCAAACUUGAAUUUUAAUUUAUUAACAUCUUAUCCGACCAAAGAACUCACUGAAGACAGUCAAACAAUUCAAGAUGCUUCUUUACAAAAUUCAGCUAUAAUGCAACGUCUCAAGUAGAUAAUAAUAUUAUACUUACUUAUAUAUUUUUUACUUGUUUCAAUGUUUAUUGAAAAAUGAGAUGAUUUUUUUUUUUUUUUUCUUUAAACUUUUAUAAAUUGCGAUAAACAUCAUCCAUCAUCAUCAUUAUUAUUAUUAUGAAUUAUGAAUUAUUAUGAUCAUUAUUGUGAAAAAAUAAAAAAUAAAAACUAACAUUAUAAUAAUAUGAAUUUGUUUAUUUUUUUUUUUAUUUUUUAUUAUAAAACAACAAUAAUGAGAUACACAAUGGUUAUAAAAAUUAUACUUGUUAUUUAUUGUUCGUACAUCAGCAGAUUGUGUGUGUGUGUUUACGAGCUAAUAAAAUAAUUUACCACUAAUGUAAUAUUGGAAUAUUUGAGAAUUUGUCAUAAAUUCAGCAAAUUUUAAAAGGCCAUUUUCAAAUAGCUGAUUUUUAUUUUUAUCAUCGAUGAAACAUUUUUCAUAUUUAUUUAUAACAACAAAAUCAUUCAUAUUAUCUUUUGUUAUUAAUUUGUUAUCAGCAAUAUUAUUAAUAUUGUUUAUUAAUUUAUAAACAAAUCUUUGUUGAGUAAAUUUAUUAUUUACAAGUCUACGUGUUGCUCGUAAUAUUAUUGGAGUUGUAUUAUUAAAUGAAUCAUGAGAUGCCAUGUCUGUGCAAUAUGUCACAACAUUUAUUUCAUAUCUAUCAAUAUUUUUAUUAUUUCCAAGUAUUGUUGUGUCAGCAGCCUCAGUUGUACCAAAAAAUACACUUUUAUCAAUAUUUGAUAAAAGAUUUAAAAAUGAUGAAUGAUGAUUUAAAUUAAGAUAUUCAUUCCAUUCAAAAGUCAUGGAAAAUGCAGCCUUAUUGUAUGAACGAUAAAUGCAAUCAGUUUCAAUUAUUUUACGUAAAAUAAAACUUGGCAUAUUUUUAUAUGGAAAAUUCCAUGUUACUGUUGUAUAUGUAAAGCUAUUAUUACUAUUACUUGUUAAAGCUGCCAAUGCUUUGAGACCAUUAUUAAACACAUGAGAUAUUAUAUCUGAAUUAUAAAUUAUAAAAUUAUUUAAUCCAAUAUAAUGAUUAAAUGACAAAUAACUAAU